AUGAGAGAGACGGUGAACUGCGGAGAGCUCCGGCAGCGAGCGGGUUCAGGGCCUCCCCGCUGGCGGCCCCGCCGCCCCUUGCAGAGGAUCCGCUCCCAGAACAUCGUGCCCUGCACCGUAUCGCAGCUGCUGGCAGCCGAGCAGGUCGACGAGACCUUCCGCAUCCGCGACGUGGAGAUCUCCCAGGUCACCAUCAUGGGCAUCGUUCGGCACGCUGAGAAAGCACCGACAAACAUCCUCUACAAAGUGGACGACAUGACGGCAGCCCCGAUGGAUGUUAGGCAGUGGGUCGAUACUGACGAGGCAGGUGGUGAGAAUGUUGUGGUACCUCCAGGAACUUACGUAAAAGUAGCGGGUCAUCUUCGGUCUUUCCAGAAUAAGAAAAGCUUGGUGGCAUUUAAGAUCAUGCCUCUGGAAAAUAUGAAUGAGUUCACCACACACCUACUAGAGAUUGUCAAUGCGCAUAUGAUCCUCAGAAAAAAUCUUAUGUCAGCAUCAAAAGUGCCUCAGUCAUUUUCCUCCGCUGGGAUCGGUGACAUGGGGGGCUAUGGAGGAGGAGGCAGCCUACCAGUGAACGGACUCACAGCACAUCAAAGCCAGGUGCUGAACUUGAUUAAAAACUGCCCUGUCCCAGAAGGUAUGAGUCUUCAAGAGUUGAAACUUCAGCUCCACAAUAUGAGCAUGUCAACAAUCAAGCAAGCAGUUGAAUUCCUUAGCAGUGAGGGACACAUCUACUCCACUGUGGAUGAUGAUCACUAUAAGUCAACGGAUGCUGAGUGAAGUUACUUCCAGCUGGAUUUAGUUGUAAGCAAAUGCUUGUCCAUGUAUCAAGUUACCCUGCCAAGCUUUGCGAGGUGGAAGGUGAUCCUUGCUCUUUCUAGUGUGUGAAAGUCCCAGUUACUCUGUGAGU